GCCUAAAUUGUAAAUAUAAGUAGUACAAAAAAAAAAUAGGAUGACUCAGAUCCCUCUUUGCUAAAACAGAGCAUAUGCCAUGCAACUGACAAAACUCCAUCACUCUAUCUAUUCAUAUGAAAUCAUCAUAUUGCUGUACAUUAAUUUAAAUAAAAUGUAGAAUAAUAAAAAGAAGUACAAAGUAGUAGCAGAAAGCAUCAAUUAUCAAGGCUGAAUGAAAAAGGUGUUUGUACAAUAUUAAUAUCCACAAAUCAUUCACAAAAGUUUUGUUUUUAUCUGUUGUCAAAGUGAAUUCAUCAUUCAUUUGUGUCAAUCGUUUGGUGGAACUUAAAAAGUAACAUUAAACAACAAUGUCUAGUUUAAUUUUUAUUACAGCAAAACAAGAUUAGGAUCAGAUAUACACAAUUUUAUUUCUAUCAGCAAAUUCAAACACAAAAAAAAUCGGAAAAGGAUUUAUAAUCUUACAACUUAUACUGAGAAAUAAAACAUAAAACUAAGUGAACAAAAAAAUAAUACAAGACAGCUCACCCUGCUCUCACUUUCAACAUAUAUUUUUUUUUAGAAAAAACACUGCAAUCUCCUCCCUUUUCCACCCCACAAAUCAGACAUAAACAAAUAAAAAUUCCAAUUAUCUUUGCCUAAACUUAAACCAAAUAUAAUGGAGUUAGCUGUUGUUCUUGGAUCCGGAGAUUCUGGGUCUAAUUCCAUUUUAUUAAUCCUUUUGUACUUCGUAUUCAACUAUUUAUAUAGUAUAGUUUAAUAUUCACACUCACAUAUAACUAGUUAGCAUUAUUAUUAUUAUCAUGGGAUUUUCCAAACUCAACUUUCUCUCUCCUUCCUAAACUCAUACACCUGCAAAAAAAACACAAACAACAACAUUAACAACUACACUUACUUACCUUAGUUACCUCGAUCUCUCUUCCUUUUUUGGUGUGUGUUGUUCUUUUUCAUUGGACUUUGUAGCUUCUUCUAGGGAGGAGUACAAGCUAUAUUCUUUUUACUUAGCUUGUUAAUUCAUUUUUCUUCUUCUUGUUUCCUUGGUUGAAUUGUAAUGCCUGUUAAACAUCACCCAUGGCAUCACCACCACCACCAUCACCACCACAUCCUCCUCGAUCUACUAAGCGUUGUUCUUGUCAUUUCGAUGUGUUUUGGAGCAGCCCUCGCCGUGAAUCCACAAGGCGAGGCGCUCCUUUGGUGGAAAGGAAGCUUAAAUGGAUCGGUUGAGGUGUUGAAGGAUUGGAAUCCAAGUGAUCAAACACCAUGUAAAUGGUAUGGGAUUACUUGUAACAUGAAGAAUGAAGUGAGUGAGUUGAACUUGAGGUAUGUUGAUUUAUAUGGCAAUGUCCCUUCAAAUUUCACCUCUUUAUUGACCUUAACAAAACUUUCCCUAGUAGGAACAAAUCUUGCGGGUACUAUCCCAAAAGAGUUAGGGUCACUCCAAGAGCUUAAGUCCUUAGACUUAAGUGAUAAUGCCUUAAAUGGUGAAAUCCCAAGUGAAAUAUGCCACUUACCCAAGCUAGAACAACUCAUACUAAACACAAAUCACCUUGAAGGUUCUAUACCAAUCGAUCUCGGAAACUUGACAAGCCUAUCUUGGUUGAUCAUCUAUGAUAAUCAACUAAGUGGUACAAUCCCAAGUACAAUAGGUAACCUAAAGAAUCUAGCAGUAAUAAGAGCAGGUGGAAACAAGAACCUUGAAGGUUCAUUACCCUUGGAGAUAGGCAAUUGUACUAAUUUAGUAAUGCUUGGGUUAGCUGAAACAAGCCUCUCAGGCUCCCUUCCUUCAACCAUAGGCAACCUCAAGAAACUCGAAACCCUCGCCGUAUACACUGCCCUUCUCUCAGGCAAUAUCCCACCUGAGAUUGGUGAUUGUACUAAUCUCGAAAGCAUUUACCUUUACGAAAACUCGCUCUCAGGCUCGAUCCCACCCCAUUUAGGGAACCUUAAGAACCUUCAGAACUUGCUACUCUGGCAGAACUCUUUGGUGGGCACAAUCCCUCCUGAGUUAGGAAGAUGCAGCAAUCUUGUUAUUGUUGAUAUGUCAUUAAACUCAUUAACAGGCAGCAUUCCUGCAUCAUUUGGAAACCUGACAAAUUUACAAGAACUUCAGCUGAGUGUGAACCAGAUUUCAGGGCCUAUCCCAUCUAAUUUGGGAUCAUGUACAAGCCUCACUCACAUCGAGAUUGACAACAAUCAAAUAACUGGUGUAAUCCCAACUGAGUUGGGACAGUUAACCAAUCUUUCUCUCCUCUUUUUGUGGCAGAACAAAUUAGAAGGCAACAUCCCAACAAGUUUGGGUAACUGCAAGAACUUGGAAGCCAUUGAUUUUUCAUCAAACAGCUUAACUGGGAUCAUACCAAAAGGGAUUUUCCAGCUUCAAAAACUCAACAAAUUACUGCUACUAUCCAAUAAUUUGUCGGGUCCUAUCCCAAAUGAGUUGGGACAAUGUUCUACAUUGAUAAGAUUCAGGGCAAAUAACAACAAACUCACUGGGGCAAUUCCUCGAACAGUUGGUGGGCUACUAAACUUAAACUUUUUCGAUCUUGGAGAUAACCGGAUUACCGGAGAAAUACCGGAAGAAAUCGCCAGUUGCCGGAAUCUCACCUUCCUUGACCUGCAUUCCAACUCCAUUUCUGGGUCUUUGCCGGUAAAUUUCAGCACCCUUUCUUCUCUUCAAUUUGUUGAUUUUUCUGAUAAUAAAAUAGAAGGGGAGUUACCCAAGAAAAUUGGGUCACUGAGUUCACUCACGAAACUCGAUCUGAGUAGAAAUAGACUCAAUGGGUCGAUUCCGAGUGAGAUUGGGUCUUGUUCGAAGCUUCAAAUGAUCGAUCUUAGCAAUAAUCAAUUUUCCGGCGAGAUUCCGGCGACCGUUGGGAAUAUUCCGGGGCUUGAGAUUGCGGUUAAUCUGAGCUGGAAUCAACUUUCCGGUGAAAUUCCGUCGGAGUUCUCGGCUCUCACUAAGCUUGGUGUGUUGGACCUUUCUCACAAUAAGUUGUCAGGGGACUUGUAUUCUCUUGGAGCCCUUCAAAAUCUUGUGGUGUUGAAUGUCUCCAAUAAUAAGUUUUCGGGGAAUGUGCCCGAUACGCCGCUUUUUACGAAGCUCCCGCCCGCAAUGAUUGUGGGAAAUUCCGGUCUUUGCGCUGCUGGUGACUCGCGGUGCAUCGCCACCGGGAGGGGUGGUGUCAGCAGGAGGGCGAGGGUGGUGAUGGCGGUGCUUCUUUCCGUGGGAGGUGUCCUCCUAUUGGUUGCCCUCUAUGUUAUAUUCGGUGGGGCCCGGUACUUACGUAGGGCCCACACUGAUGACAUGGAGUGCGCCAAUGAGGACGUGGAGAUGUUUCCCCCUUGGGAGGUCACAUUGUAUCAGAAGCUUGAUCUCUCGAUAGCUGAUGUGGCAAGGUGCAUGACAGCUGGCAAUAUCGUUGGCCGGGGGCGGUCCGGUGUUGUCUACCGAGUAACCCUACCGUCGAACUUAAAUGUCGCUAUAAAGAAGUUUCGGUCAUCAGAUAAGACCUCAACGGAGUUUUUCUCGUCGGAGAUAGCCACGCUAGCUAGGAUAAGACAUCGGAACAUUGUUAGGCUAUUGGGAUGGGCAGCUAAUAGGAAGACUAAGCUUUUGUUUUAUGAUUACAUGAUCAAUGGUACCCUUGGUGCAUUGUUACACGAGAGUGGAAAUGGUACUGGCGCCGUGGUGGAGUGGGAGACACGAUUCAAGAUAGCAUUGGGUGUGGCAGAAGGACUUGCCUAUUUGCAUCAUGAUUGUGUGCCAGCAAUUGUUCAUCGAGAUGUCAAGGCACACAACAUAUUGUUAGGUGAUCGAUAUGAGGCUUGCUUAGCUGAUUUUGGCCUUGCUAGGCUUGUGGAAGAUCAAAGCGGGUCAUUGUCCGAAACUCCCCAAUUUGCCGGAUCAUAUGGGUACUUUGCUCCUGAGUAUGCAUGCCCUGUGAAGAUCACGGAGAAGAGCGAUGUAUUUAGUUAUGGUGUAGUUUUGCUAGAGAUUAUCACCGGGAAGAAGCCCGUUGAUCCAUCCUUUCCGGAAGAGCAACAUGUUAUUCAAUGGGUUCGAGACCACUUGAAGAGUAAACAAGACCCUGUUGAUAUUAUUGACUCAAAGCUCCAAGGCCAUCAUGAUACACAAAUUCAAGAGAUGCUCCAAGCAUUAGGAAUUGCAUUACUAUGCACGAGUAAUCGAGCAGAGGAUCGACCUACAAUGAAAGAUGUAGCUGUGUUACUGAAGGAGAUCAAACAUGAACCUACAACAAGCAAUGAUAUCCACAAGCCAACUAGCAACACCUCAAAAAAGCAAGAAAAUUCUUCGAAUUCCUCGUCGAAAUCAGUAACCCCAUCCCAAUUGUUGCUUCGGCAAGGAUCGUCUCAUAGUUCAUCACUUGCUUACUCAUCUUCCUCCCCAACUUAUUCCUCACAUAAUCAAUCAACAAUGUCGUGAUUAUUAUGUGGUAAAUUUGGUUUUGAUAAAAAAUUUCUACUAGUAGAUAGAUAGGAUUAUAGGGUGCGGUGCUUGAUAAGAAAGUGUAAAGUGUUAGCUAGUGACAUUUAUCCAAUGUAAGAUAAACAUGGAUAUGAGCAAUACGAGUGUACAAAGAAUUCAUAUGAUUA